AUGAAGGAAGGGUGCGAACAUGCAGUUCCCAUAGCUGCGGAGUACAUGAAUUGUGUUCAAUUGGUUGAUAAUGAUGAACUGGCUGUUAUUGAGACACCUGAUCCUCAUAGUUGUGGAUCAAACACUGUUGUGCAACCACCUGCAGUUGGUAUGGUGUUUGGGACAUGGGAAUAUGCUGAUGAUUAUUUUAGGAGAUAUGGAAAGCAGGAAGGUUUUGGUGUAAUUGGCAGCGGUUCUUUGAAGAAAGUAGGUGUGAAAGGGAAAGAGGUGACCGGUGGAGAAGUGAAGAAGGAGUUUAGGAAUUACACUUGGAAAUGUGAGUGUAAUGGUAAGCCUGACAUGAAACGAACAUUGAAGGGGCGUGUUGCGGUUGGACGUAAAGGUGUAGAAGUGCCAACUAGGAAGUCUAAGAAAUGCAAUUGCCCUGUUAUGAUGUAUGCUGCAUGUAAUGAUGCUGCAUGUAAUGAAGGGGAAUGGGUAGUGAAGAAGGUCGUAUUGGAUCAUGUGAACCAUAAUCCAACACCAAGCAAAUCCAGGUUCAUUAGCAUGUUUAGGAAGGAGGAGGUUAGUUGCGCUGUUAGGAGGCGUUUGUUUAAUGAUCACGCUGUUGGUGUUAGAAUAUCACAGAUUCAUAGUAGCUUAGCGCGUGAGCGAAAUGGUCUUGAGAAUAUGGCUAUCACAGAGAGGGAUCUUAGGAAUAUGGUUGCCAAGGAAAGGAAGUUGAAACUUGGACCCGGAGAUGCAAAUGCAAUGCUAAUGUACUUUAACAAGAUGGCAGCUGACAAUCAAAAUUUUUUCCACAUUCAUCGACUUGACGAUAAAGGGUAUUUGAAGGAUGUACUUUGGGUUGAUGCUAGGUCGAGGGUGGCAUACGAAGAAUUUGGUGACGUUGUAUGUUUCGAUGCGACAUAUUUGACAAAUGAUUAUGAAUUACCUUUUGCAAACUUUGUUGGAGUGAACCACCAUGGGCAGAGCAUAUUGCUUGGUUGUGCGCUAGUAUCCCACGAAGAUGCGGAGACUUAUGAGUGGGUGUUUAGCACAUGGUUGCUUUGCAUGGGGGGUAAGGCACCCAUUGGAAUAUUGACAGACCAAGAUGCUGCCAUGAGGAAGGCCCUUCGCAAUGCUAUGCCGGAGUCUGUACACCGGUGGUGCAUUUGGCACAUCAUGAUGAAAUUUGGGAAGAAGCUUGGUUCAUAUGGUAAUUACAAAGAUUUGAAGGAAGCGUUGACGAAAGCCAUAUACGAGAGUGUAAGUCCAGAAGUUUUUGAGAGGAGUUGGGUUUGUGCCAUAGAGAAGUAUGAGCUUGGUGAUGAUGAAUGGCUUCAAGGUUUGUUUCGGGAAAGAGAUAUGUGGGUUCCUGCUUACAUGAGGCAUCUAUUUUGGGCGGGAAUGAAGACAACCCAAAGGUGUGAGAGCAUCAACAGUUUUUUUGAUGGUUAUGUUCACAAAACCACAAAAUUAUGCGAGUUUGCUGAGCAAUAUUGCAACGCGAUGGAAUCUAGAGCAAAUGCGGAGAGGGAAGCUGAUGCAAAUAGUUCAAGGUAUCUCCGUGUUGCUGUGACAACUUUCAAGACGGAGAUUGUGUUUCAAAAGUUGUACACGGAUGCUAAAUUUAGGGAGAUACAAAAUGAAUGUAUGAAGGUGUUAUACCUUGAAUGGACUGGUAAGCAGGAUGUUGGACAGGAUUUGGUUGAACAUACGUAUGAGGAUAGGGUUUGGGUGGUUAGCAAGGACACUAAAAAGGAGGUGCCUCUUGAUAGGAAUUGUGAAUAUGAGAUACCUGAAAAGUACAUACUACGUCGAUGGCGGAAAGAUGUAUUCCGGAAGCAUACAAUGGUGAAGGUAGCUUAUCACGACCCCUCAAAGACGGAUGAAGUGCAGAACUAUGAUAGAAUGAUGCAUGUUUUUGACCCAAUCUGCUUGAAGGCAGCCAACUAUGGUGAUGUUCACACUGUGUUAGAGACGCUCCAAGUACUCAACAUACGCCUAGAUGAACGACAUUCCAUGAAGAUUGCUGGUAUGAGCCUGAAAGAUUGCACUCCUACUUCUGUUGGUAACUCACAGUGGGUGCAGUUGGCAAAUGGUUCUGUAGGAGUUGGCAGCUGCAAUAGGGUAGAGAAGUCCCCAAAUGAAUGUGAAGGUAGUCGCAUAGAAGUUAAUGUGGCUAAAGACCCCCUACGAAAAAAACAAAACGGGCAGGUAGAAUGA